AUGAAUGAAACAGGAGGCGUUGGAUCCCCACAACUUAAAGGUUUGUCUGCAAUAGAAAACAGAUUUUUAGGCAUAUUGGGCCCAACUUUUUAUAAAGGUGUUGGAAGACUUGAACAUGGCUUGAGUAGUUUUGGCAUUUCAAAACCCAACAUUGAAGAAAUGAAAAUAGGUAAUUUACCAUCUACCUCUCCAUCUACUUCAAGCCAAAAUAAUAUUUCUAGCCAGGACCAAACAUCAGAUAUUCCAAUAGCUUCUUCUAGCCAGAAAGAAAUCUGCAUCCAACAGCAAGUCCCAGUGAUUGAAACAGUUGCACCAAAAAGACAAUUAUUAGAAGAUCACGAUUAUUUGAAAGCUCCGAUGCAAAAUCCGAAGCGCUUUAAGAGCAAAAAUGAAGACCCAAUGGAGACAAUAUACAGAGAAACACUUUCUGAACUUAAAGAAAUUAGAGUGUGUUUGCAAGAUUUGAUGAAUAGUAAUAGAGGUAUUCACUUAGCUUUGCAGGAAAUUGCCAGUAAAAUGUGCAAAGAAUAA